GAUUAAGCGCAGCCAAGCCAAGGCAAAAUCAAAAAAAAGAAAGAAAGCUUGACUAGGUUCUAAACAAUGUCUAAGGAAGUGAGUGAAGAAGGACAGGGUCGGAAGGACUAUGUGGACCCUCCACCAGCACCUCUGAUUGACAUGGCCGAACUCAAGCUAUGGUCUUAUUACAGAGCCCUCAUAGCCGAGUUCAUAGCUACUCUCCUCUUCCUCUACGUCACCGUCGCCACCGUUAUUGGCCACAAAAAACAAACCGACGCUUGUGGCGGCGUUGGUCUCUUGGGUAUUGCAUGGGCUUUUGGUGGCAUGAUCUUCAUCCUUGUUUACUGCACCGCCGGUAUAUCAGGAGGACAUAUUAACCCUGCGGUAACUUUCGGGUUGUUUUUGGCCCGUAAAGUGUCGUUGAUUAGGGCUGUGGCUUACAUGGUGGCUCAGUGCUUGGGUGCCAUAUGUGGAGUUGGGCUGGUUAAGGCUUUCAUGAAACAUGAAUACAACUCCCUUGGUGGUGGCGCUAACACGGUGGCGACUGGCUACAACAAGGGAACUGCUUUAGGAGCUGAGAUUAUUGGGACUUUCGUCCUUGUCUACACUGUUUUCUCAGCCACCGACCCAAAGAGAAGCGCUCGCGACUCUCACGUCCCUGUUUUGGCUCCCCUCCCCAUAGGGUUCGCUGUGUUCAUGGUUCACUUGGCUACCAUCCCCAUCACUGGUACUGGUAUCAACCCUGCUAGGAGCUUCGGCGCUGCUGUCAUCUAUAACAACGAGAAAGCCUGGGAUGACCAUUGGAUUUUCUGGGUCGGUCCAUUUGUCGGAGCACUUGCAGCAGCUGUAUAUCACCAGUACAUCCUCCGAGCAGCAGCCAUCAAGGCUUUGGGAUCCUUCCGCAGCAACCCCACCAACUGAACAAAAUCCCCACUUCGCUCAUAUUUUCACCAUUUGUUCAUUUGUGUGUAUUGAGAAGAUGAUUAUUAUUAUGAUGAUAGGGAUGACCUUCCUUUUAUCAUCUCUCUUUAUUUGGUUG